AUAUUUAAUUAAUUGGUUUCGUUUCCUAUUAUUCCUUUGUCUUUCUGCUGCUGGAAAUAGCAAGUGAGUGCGCGCGCUUGUUUUGUUAGUUUUAGGUCACUGAAUGAGUGAGUGACACUCUCACAAUUCACAAUUCACAAUUCUCAAUUCUCAAUUCUCAAUUCACCAAAGCUUCAGUCAUGGUCAGAAAACAUGGCUGGCAAUUACCUGCGCACACUUUUCAGGUUGUUGCAAUCACUGUAUUCUGCCUGUUGGUGAUUGCUUUCUAUGCUUUCCUUGCUCCAUUUGUUGGAGGUCAAAUAUGGGAAUACUCCUUUAUUGGUAUCUACUCUCCUGUGGCACUCAUUGUUUUCAUUCUUUAUGUCAGAUGUACUGCAAUUAACCCUGCAGAUCCGGGCAUUAUGUCUAAAUUUGACCGUAGAGUGGGAAAUAAGUUUGACGCUGCCCAUGGUUUAUUGGGUAAGCACCAAUCUUCUGAACAUGGCGAUGUUGUUGCAGGAGAGCACUCUUCCACGUAUUCCGCCGCUUCCAGAAGGUCUGUGACAAAUAUGAGCAAGAAAAGUUCAGUGGAAGAUCCCAGCAGAGUAGAUGAUUUGAGAAAUCAGAAUAUUCCAAACUCAUGUGAUGUAAUUGGAGGAAUUUUCUGCUUCGUGUUUUCUCAUGAAGAUUGCCGGAAACAGGAAGCAACAGCCGAUGAGCAGGGUGGUGGGGAAGAUGCUCUGUUCUGUACUUUGUGCAACGCUGAGGUGCGCAAGUUCAGUAAACAUUGUAGAAGUUGUGACAAAUGUGUUGAUGGCUUUGAUCACCAUUGUCGGUGGCUUAACAACUGUGUGGGGCAGAAAAAUUACCAUUCUUUUAUUUCUCUUAUGGCCUUUAGUCUUGCAUGGCUUGUUAUUGAAGCUGGAGUCGGCAUUGCUGUUUUAGUGCGUUUCUUUGUUAACAAGAGAGGAAUGGAAUCUGAAAUCAUUGAUAGACUUGGGAAUGGAUUCUCUCGUCCCCCAUUUGCUGUAGUUGUGGUCAUAUGCACUGCAGUUUCUGUCUUGGCUUGUGUGCCUUUGGGUGAGCUUUUCUUUUUCCACAUGAUCCUAAUCAGGAAGGGUAUCACAACCUAUGAAUAUGUUGUAGCAAUGAGAGCCAUGAGCGACGCACCUGCUGGGGCAUCUGUAGAUGAGGAUUUACCAAAUGAUGUACUUUACUCUCCAACAGGCUCAGCCACAACUGGUUUGAGUGGAGGAAGUUCUCUUGGGUUGCAGUACAAAGGGGCAUGGUGUACCCCUCCUAGGAUAUUCGUGGAUUAUCAGGAUGAAGUUGUGCCUCACUUGGAGCCUGGAAUGCUGCCCUCAACUGUUGAUCCAGAUGCAGCUGGGAUUGCAGAAAGAGGGCAAAGGAUGCCAAAAAGGCCUGUUCGUAUUAGUGCUUGGAAGCUAGCUAAGUUGGAUUCUCAAGAGGCGGUGAGAGCUGCUGCAAAAGCGAGGGCAUCUUCUUCAGUUUUGCGACCUGUAGAUAACCACCGUCCACCUGAUGCAGAAUUAAGUUCUAGUGGCAACAUGAGCAUGAGAAGUAGUAUGAGCACAGAGACUGGAACUAAUAAGGAAAUGAAAUAUGAGUCGAGAUUGUCUCCGGUGAGGAAUUCAAUUGCUCCCAGUCAAGGAAGUCGCGACGAGUAUGAAACUGGAACUUUAAGUAUGAGUAGUUUCAGUAGUCCAAGCCAUGUUCAAGAGGCAGUUACACUCAGUCCUCUUCCACAGGGGCGCACUUUGGGUGGCUUCAGGGCUGGUACUUCAGUUCCUAGUUUGGUGCCUGAGUGCCCUUUAACUUCUAAAACAACAUUCCCGAACUUUAGGAACCCAAUAUCCAAUCCUUCUCUUGGAUUUGAUGGAACAUUGAUGCCGAAGGGAACAAGUAACGACCCGUUAAUGCUUUCAGCUUCUGGCCCGUCCAUUCUAAGAGAUGUGAAACGGACAUCAGUUGUUUGGGAUCAAGAAGCUGGUAGAUAUGUAUCGGUUCCUUCAUUGCCUUCAGAAGCUCGAAAUAGGUCAUCCCUACAAGUAGAAUUGCCAAAUUCAGUUACUGAAACAAACAAUAUUGGAAGAAAACCAGUGAUACCUCCACAGGAGUUGUCGUCAUCUGCACCUAAGUCUCCAAGGCAGCAUGCACAGAAUCUGAUGUAUACAGGAGAUUCUAUCUUUUUUGGUGGUCCAUUUUUGAGUGUCCCUGCUAAGGAUGGUUUGAAAAAUGAAAGACAUUUGGGUUCAGUGGAGGCCCGUGAUAGCACAACAGUAAACUUGCCCCAAGAGCCAAGAUAUAGAAGAGAUUCACAUUCAAAUCAGCUUCCAGUGUUUGUUCCUGGUGGUUUUGAGAAUACUCUUCAACCUCGGUCCGGCAUGAAUUAGCUUAAGAUGUUUGAGAUUCCAAUGAGUUGGACACAGUUUUUGUUGGAGUCAAGAGGAUAGUGAAGAAGAAGGAUUUGAUGUUCAAAGGAACCUGUAAACACCAUGUUGGCCUUUCUGACUAUAUAUUAAUGGCGGGCAAGGGCAUUUGACUCCAUCAGCUAUAAGCGGUUGUUUAUCAAAUCAACAUUUAGGUUUGACAUCUGUCAUCUGACAGCGUGUAUGUUUGAGCUACAUCUCAAUGCCACUGAGCGUUUGAGAGAAUGAACUUCAUUCUUCUUUCUGCUGAGCAUGCCUUGAGAAAUGUGAAUCUUAAGUUUUGUGGUAGAUGAAAGCUAAAGCAGUUGGCAUGGAACUUCAUUAAAGCACGAGUUCUUAUUGGUGUAGUUUUUGUUUCACUAUAUAGAUGCUAAAAGUGAGUGAUGCAUUUUUAAAAGUAAAGUGUUUUGUGCAAAAAAUUAACCAUUUAGAUUGUGAAAAAGUAUUUUAGAUUUUAAAAUACAUUUCCCGUUACACAAGGAAAGUUACCACUAUCUACUGGUUUAAUGUUUUUAUGUAUGGAAAUUUUCCUUUUUGUUUAA